GGCCCUGCCCCCUCCAUGUCUGCCAGUCCUGCCACAUCUCACCUGUUGCUUUUCCUGGCAGAACUGCCAGGAUUCAGCCCAUGUCCGCAGCCACUCCCCAUGGUCAGCCCCAGCCCCGCGGCCGCUCGCUGCGAACUGGACAAGAACACGUGCCGGUGCCACCGGCAGCAGCUGCCCUCCCACAAGUCCUACCACAUGUGCCAGACCAGCGACCACGCCGUGCUCAUCUCAGGCGGCUGGCAGGACCAGAUCACCUACCCGCACCACGCCCGCAACCUGAGGCUCUUUGCCCAGAUGCUGCGGCGGAACAGCUUCUGGCAGGAGCACAUCAAGGCCUUCUUCAUAGGCAACAGCCAGGCGCCAGUCUCUGCAGAGGUGGGCGACAUGUAUCCGGCCACGGAGAAGCUGCUGAUCCGCAGCCACCUGGCGCUGGUGUGCCGCACACGGCACUGUGCCGACUCACUGGUGCUUUACCUGAACAGCCCCACCCGGAGCCACGGCACCAUGCUCCUGUGGGACACCAACAAGAAUGGCAUGGCCGACCCCAAGGAGCGCUACCCUGUGGCCGAGCUCCGGGCCGACCUGGAGGGCUGCAGUGCCCGCAGGGUCUUCCUCUUCCUUGACCAGAGCUACCCGGGCCUGCUGGCCAAGAUGCUGCUGGCGUCUGGGCAGCACGGGAACGUGGUGCUAGUGAGCGGCCAGCGGGGCUCCGACUUCGCCCGGGGCUCAGCCUUCAGCGAGUUCUGGGCUCGGCUGCAGCCCGACCAGUGCCUGCUGCAGCACCUCCUGCAGGUGGGUCCGUGGGGCAGGUGGCACCAACCCCACAGGAGAUGCCCACAUCACAUGGUGCAGGCCUAUGCCUGCCUUGGAGCUGCCCCUUGCGCAUGUCGGGGGGUGGCAACAACCUCCAGCAUGCAGGGGGAUGGGUGGGACAAGUCUGCAGCACUGACACCACGGGAUCCCCUCCUCCACUGGGGAUUGGCACAAGGAGGCAGCAUGUCCAGGGAGCGGGUGUCCGUGAGCAGCCUCUGGUGCCCGGGCCGGGGGUCAGGACAGCUGGGGGCUUGUCCAGGGGUAGCGCUAUUUCCCCAGGCUUUGGGCACCCACCCGGGGGACUCCCAGAGCAAACUCUGCACCCCAAGGAGCCCCCUGCGCCCUGAUGCUGCCUCUCUCACUCCCCCAGGAGGGCCCACAGGCAGCCGGCUCCUCUCCCAGGGCCAUGCUGCAGCUGCUCAGCGUGACCCUGGCUGGGGCGCCCUGCCACAACACACCGGCGCUGAUGGAGGACGAGCGCAGGAGGGAGUUCCUGGGCUGCCAGAACCUGCCCACCAUGCUCUGGUACCAGGCCGCACACGCAGCAGCAGCAGGAUGAGGACUGAAGCCAGGUCCCGUCCCUGGUUCCUGCUCCCUGCAGAGCCCCCCACGCCCGCUGAGCCAGCCGCAGGGGCCAUGCCCCCUCCCAGGCAUCAGCCACAGCUCCAGGCCCAGCUGGGAUAAACAGCCAGGGGCGGAAGGGCAGCGCUCGGGCUCCGAAAGGGCCCUUGGCAUGUGCCAGGCGGGGGCAGGGAGGGGACCCACUGUACGUCACCCACUCCCUCAAUAAAGAACCAGUUCUGCCACCCGUGUGGAGCCGUUUAACCCUCUCAGCGCCUGCCCCCGGAUGCCGGGGUUCUGCACAUGCUGGCAUUCCUCCUGCACAGCUGAGAAGCGGGGAAUGGGCAGGACUCCUGGGUUCCAUUCUCAGCUCCCCUGGGGCCCUGUCCCUCACUUGCUGGUUAACACCCGAAAAGCGCUUUCAGCUGCCGAUUGUGGGGUGGGCUGGGGGGGUCGCUCCUUCCACGCUGCUCCUGUGAGAACUGCGCAGUGUUGGCUCUCACGGGGCCCCCCAGCAUGUCUGGGGCAGGGACCCUGAGAACGGCGCUAGGUGAC